AUGUCCUGUAUUGAUGUUGAUGACUCUACCAGCGUGCAUAGUCCUUCUGGAGUUAUUAUUGAAAAGAAGGCUUCUAGAAAGGAAAGGAAAAAGCAAGAAAAAGUUGCGAAAUAUGAAGAAGAACUUUGUCAAUUGAGUGAGCGUGCUCAAAACGUCAAUAAAGAUGGUGAUAAUCCCUUUUCAGUCACCUUUGAAGUUUCUCAAGGUACGGAAGGGUCACGUAACAUUACGUUUAAUAAGGUUUCGACCUCUGUGAAUGGUAAAACGCUCUUCAGGGAUGCAACAGUGAACCUUUCGGCUGGUUCGCGCUAUGGUCUAAUGGGCCCAAAUGGUCGAGGUAAAUCUACGAUUCUUCGACUCCUGGCCACACGGGAGCUCCCUGUACAGUCCAAUCUGGACCUGCUUUUGGUGGAACAGGAACAAGAGUUCCACGCUACUGAGUUCAGUGCCGUACAGGCUGUUCUUAAUAGCCACAAGAAGCAGGCAGCUUACAUACAAGAGGCCAAAGAAUUAUGUCAUAAAGAGAACCUUACCCAACAAGAGAUGGAUCGGCUUAAUUUUAUUGAGGAAGAAAUGGACAUUAUGGGCACUUCCCAAGCUGAUGCUAAGGCUCGCCGUAUACUAUUUGGCCUUGGAUUUCCUACCGAGUGGCACGAACGUCCGACGAAGAGCUUUAGUGGCGGGUGGCGUAAAAGAAUUGCACUAGCUUCGGCAGUAUUUAUUGAGCCUGAUGUAUUGAUGCUGGAUGAGCCUACUAACCACUUAGACUUGAAUGCAGUGAUCUGGCUUGAGUCUUACCUUUCUAUGGCUUACAAUGAAAACGCGAAGCGACCAAAAAUUCUGGUUGUCGUAUCCCACGAUGCAGGUUUUUUGGAUGAGGUGUGCACGCACAUGGUACAUAUUGAGAGGUACAAACUCAACUCUUACAAAGGGGGAUUCCACGGUUUUGAAAUGCAACUAAAGCAACAUCAUCAUGAAUUCGAUAAAAAAUUCGAAACUAUCACCAAAACCAUAAAUGACAAAAAACGCAAUGGAAUGUCGAAGGCUCAGAUAGAAGAGUGGAUCAAGGACAGAGUUAACAACGGCCAUCUGGACCCCCUCUUUUUGGAAAAGAGGCGCGACUAUAUCGUGAGCUUUCCCUUCACUGCUCCGCCUGAGCUUCCCGAUGUGUGUGUAUGCAAGCUUGAUAACGUAUCAUUCGGCUACCCUGGCUGUCCAGUUCUUUUUGAAGGAGUUAAGUGUGCUUUGUGGACUACAAGCCGCAUCACCCUCUGCGGGCCUAACGGUAUUGGCAAGAGCACAUUAUUAAAUCUGAUGACUGGUCUUCUUACACCUACGCAUGGUUCUGUCACUGUAGACCGUCGUGUGCGUAUUGCCCGCUACAACCAACACUUUGUGGACAAAUUGCCACUGGAAAAGACACCGGUAGAGUACAUCCAGACGCUAGGUAUCGCCGCGGAGGACAAAGCACGACGUUUACUAGGGAGCUUUGGUCUAGAGGGAAUUGUCCAUUGCAACCAAAUUGCUACUCUCAGCGGUGGCCAGAAGGCACGCGUCGCAUUUGCUUCCAUCAGUGCUGAAGUCCCACACUUUCUUUUGCUGGACGAGCCAACUAACCAUCUGGAUGUCGAGUCCAUUGAAGCUUUAUGUAAAGCGAUUCGGAUUUUCAAGGGUGGUGUGCUUGUUGUUACUCAUGAUGCACGCUUAAUUGAGUCGACGGAUAUGCAAUUGUGGGUGGCAGGGAACAAGACUGUUUCACCAUUUAACGGAGACUUGAAUAAGUACAAGGAAUUGGUGCGAUCCGAGUUUGCGAAAGAGGAAGCGCAAAGACUAGAGGAACAAAAGCAAGCACUCAAGGAUAAGGAGUUGUCAAAGCAAUUGAAGCAAUCUGGUGUAAAGGAUCUUACACAAGCCAAAGAGAUGCUGCUUGCAAAGGAACAAGAAGAAAUACGAACCGGACUGGAUGAUUUUUUUAAGAAGAAAGAAAAAAAGAAAUCGAAACUCACCAAAGGUGGGCCUAAAUAA